AUGACUGACGUCUGGAGAUCUGUAGGAAAUUAUUGGUGUAAAUAUUGUAAAACGUUUGUCCGUAAUGAUGCAUUUUCACGGAAGAAACAUGAAGCAUCAGAUCGUCAUCAAGGCUCUUUAAAGCGUUUUUUACGUGAUUUAGACAAAAAAAAUGAAAAAGAAGAAAGAGAAAAAAGAGCAACACAAAGAGAGCUUGAUAGGAUUGCUGGAGUAACAGGCUUGUCUACACGGUCUAUUUCUGUUGUUUCUCCAAAAAAAGUGGCGAAAACUCCACUUCAGAAGACUAAACCUGUAGCUCGUAAGACAGAAGCACCUUUUGUAGAUAUCAAAGCAACAGUUGGCAUACCAGGUCCCUGGGAAGUUGUUUCUCCGUCAGAGACAGAGAAGAAGAUGAAUAGCACAUUGGAAGUGUCAGAAAAUAGAGUAGAGGAUUCACUUACAUCCAUAAAUAUAGUAGAAAAACCUAUGUUAACACAACCUCGGUUAAAAGAAGAUUAUGAAGAUUUAAGGUCAUUUAAAAUCGAAGAAAAAAUAUUCCCUUCAGAAACAGAAUGCGAGCUAGAAGAAACAUCUACAACUGACUUUUUCAAGAAACGGAAAUUUAAAAUAGGAAAAAACAUCAGGAAAAAAUAA